UGUUUACCCCAAAUUUGGAUAAUCAAUUAAAUUUAUGAGUGAGGUAUAGGAUAUGUGGUUAAACUUUAAUUUAUUCUUUGAUUGAGAGAAAAUGGAAUAGAAUCAACUAUGAAUGAUCUAACUAGUAAUUGAUGGUAUGCGCUAAACGUAUAUGCUUAUAUGUUGAAUAUUGUGUGAUUGCACAAAUCUAAAGAUGAACACAAUAAAUUCGGACCAAAAUCAGAUAUUGAGAGGGAGAGGUUUAUAUAUAUUUGCUAUUACAAAUGUUCUAGAACUCAAGAAGCCAACCCCUAAAAGUAGGGUAAUGACCCCUAUUUAUAGGUUUGCCUCAUGAGCUUCAUACAACAUAAGGCCCUAAAGAAUAAAGAAAAAUCCUAACAUGGAUAAGGUUGGUCGUACGAUCUGACACCUGUACGAUUGACAGUACAAAGUGGCAGAACGGUCUUGACGCGUGGCAUUUGUGUAAUAGAUCAUCCGAACUAACGGCCACGAUCAACCGGACCAACGGCCAAGAUCAGCUCGGCUAUGGAGAAACUGGACCAAACGAUGUCCUUCACUUUCUUUGGAUCAAGCUCUCCUCCGAUCCCAAAAGAAUCUUCGUGCUCGUACUUGUUUCUUUCUUUCCUCGGUCACCGAUCUCACCGGUCUAGCAUAUAUCUAAUUUUUACCGUAUACAGAUAGUCCCCACACUUUUCGGAUCGUAGUAUUAUCGGAGUAACGGGAAGUGGAUGAAUCAAGGAACCGAUAACUCCAUUUGUCCGUUGUUAUCUUUUCAUUUUGGCGGGAACAGUUGCGUCACGUCUCUGUCAUCGGCCACGUGUCUCAUCCCGGAUGGUUAGCACUGACAAUCGCCGUCACGCACGUCGUUUUAAGUCACUUCUUAUUAAUUAUGGGACACGUGGCGUUUUUCGAUUUGUCGGGAUCUGUAACCGCCUCGAUCCCAUGCUUAUAUAACGUCUUCCAUUGCCUCAUUUUUCCAUUUUUACGAUCCACUUCACUCUCAAUUUUCAGUACUUCAUCUUCUCCAUUUCAUUUCUUUACUUCUCCCUUUUAUUCCUUUCCAUUUCAUCACUUAUAAUCACCCUUCAACUCACAUUUCUUGUUGAUUCGCUGCUUAUACUACGUGAAAAGAGAUAAUUCUGCCAACUUCUCUACUAGUUGUUUUUGUAAGUGUUGCUGCUUCUUCUCCUUACUCUUCACUACUUCGAGUCCUUACUUGACUGUUCCCUCACUUCUAUUUUCAACUUCCCUUCGAAUUCACCAAAUCUCUUUUUUUUCGUAAUCUCCAAAUGUCUGCUAACACCGAAACCACUUCCCAUGAUGUUCCCUCGGUUUUAUCUCAAGGAACCGAGCCAACUUCACAACCUAAGGGAAAAAUCACCUUCGAGCCCACUGCGUUGUACAUUGUACCGUCCAAACCCAAUUAUAAUAAAGACUUUGAGGUUGAAAAACCUUCUCUGGUAUCCGAUAGAGGAUUUGAUGUGAGACGAUACCCCUCAUCCAUCACCGAGGACAAACUCGACUUAGUCCGGACUGAUUGUGGAUGGGACAACCUUCCGAUCCACGUUUUUGUCCCCGAGCCAGAUGAAUCAGUCACCGACCAUCAGGAGGGCUUCUUAUAUGUUUACACUUACCCUUUCACCCUCAAGUCGACCCCCAAUCGAUCCAGUCAUUUUGGAGAUGUGCAAGACUUACAAUGUGACCCUGGUCCAGAUUGGUCCGAUUGUCUGGAGGACCGUGGCAUGCCUCCGGCUGUUGGCUGAUAAUUAGAGGAAGGAGUUCACGCUUGCUCACUUCAUCCGAUUAUAUUCCCCCAGGUUAUUUCGGGGUGGUGUAAUAAAGCUUGAUAAGCGUAACUGGAACCCUAUCUUUUCGAAGAUGGAUGAAGAUAGAGACCGGGAUUAGCUGGAGCGUUAUGUCCGGGUCAGGACCGCGGACAUCAUUCCGGCCAAUUACAUGCCUUCUCCGGAGAAAUGGAAUGAUAACCAUAAGUCUCGAUUAUUUUAAUAAUUGAUUUCGAAUGCUUUAUCAAACAUUAGCCUUUUCACAUUCUCACUACUUGUCUUCUUUAUACCAGCCGUGGCUUGAAUACCUCCGGCUGUCUGGAACAUCAACGAGUGGGUUACUGCUCUCCUCAGUCAACAUACCCAUGAAGCACGGAUGUGGGGACACCUGCCACGUGGCCGAUGGGUCGCCCAGAACUGCGGUUUACCUAAGGGCUCAGUGGAUCCAAGGCCGGAGUCAGCAGCUGAACCCGCAAUGUCAGCACCCGAGUUUGAUCCAGCGGGUGCAUCCCGUAUCCUUGCUGCCGCCGCCAAGAGAAAAAGGCCCUCAGACAAAGGGCAGAAAUCGAAGAAGAGGGCGAGGAGCGUCGUUAGGACUUUAAGGGAUGAAACAGAGCCCGAGUUCCUCGUUCGGAGGAUCAGUGUGGCCCCUUUCGUGGCUCCCAUUCCGGAGGAGGGUCUCACCGUCUCACCAUUUUCUUCAGCUGGGGAAGGACCUUCAGUUCCGGCAUUACACACAGGUGGGGAAGAAAUUCAUUACCCGACUCCUGUAAGGUCGAUUGAAUUCUUUGAUAUUUCAGAUGAUGCUUCUUCCGAAAAAACCCCCCUGCAAAGGACAAGAAGACCCGGGAAGGCAGCUGCUGCCGAAGCUGGUCAAAGAACUGAGCAGGCCCCCGAGAGCGAAGCUCCAACAGCCGUUAGCCCGUUGCCCGACUAUGAGACUGCUGCAACUUCGGAGAUCUCUGCCUUUGCCGAAGCUGAUGAAGCCGCUCCGACUUCUCCAACUCCGGCUUCAAGGUCGGAUGAGUUUGAGGACAUGUUCUCGGACACUACUCCUACAACCAGCUUAGCUUCUGGCUUCGGACAUCUCCCGAUCCCUCGAGCCACGAGGGCGGCUAGCCGGACCACCGAGACUGGAGAUAGGGAUAGCCUUGUGCGUGUCUUCCCAGCCCCAAGCGUGGAACCCCGGAGGACCAGAUCGGCCGUAAUUACCGUUCCCGAGGAUUGUAGCUUUCUGUCUCGCCCGGUGGGAGUAGCAAGAUACCUAAGGCCGCUCGUGUCCGACUCGGACAAACGGAAGAUGAAUGGAGUCCCCUGGCAGUGUCUCAUUAACGAGGGCAUGUACACGAGCAAUCGAAGUGUAGUGCUUGUUAACGAAGCCUUCGUCCGUGCUCAACAAGAGGUCGACGAUCUCAAGGGCUAGCUGGAUUCCCAAGGUCGAGAAACGGAGAAGUUUCAGCACCUCUUGCAGCUGAAGGAGGAUGAGCUGAACCGAGCAGUUACUCUUUCCAACAUCCAACCUGAGCUCGAUGCGACGAAGGCCGAAAACCUUCGAUUAAAGGAUGAGCUGGUCGAGAUGGUCGAAAAGAACCGGUUACUAGAAGCGGACAAAGUCGGCCUUAGCCAGGACAAUGCUCUUUUUCCUCUAGAUUCGGUGAGCUCGAAACCACCAUCUCUCAACUCCGAGGGGAGCUGGAUUCGGUCAAGUCCGAUGCUACGAGCAUGGCCGAGAGGCAACAGUUGCUUGAAUCUGAGAGUGCCCGGUACAAAGAGAGUAUAAGGGUAUUUGAGAAGAAGGCGGAGAAGAGGACCCAAAUAUGUGAUGAUCUAAAAACCAAACUCGAAGAAACGGUUGAUGCUAAUGACUUUCUUAAGGCCGAACUCGAGUCAGCCACUCAAAUGCAAAAGGUCCUCGAAGAAGAUCGGGAUGUUCUGGUGGAAAAGCUAGCCCAGGCCGAGGCCGAUUUGAAAGAAGCCCUUAAGAGCGUGGAGGCUGCCGAGGCUCAGACUACUAUUGCUAUUGAGUAUGAAAAGUGAAAGUCUCGGAGGAUCACCCUUGAGCAAGCCGGGCAUGGAUUUGUGGAUAUUCUGGCCCUGAUACUCGAGGCUAAAAGAGUCGAGGAAGAGGCUAAGGGUGCCCUCGGGACUGACUCUGACGACUCCGAGCGGACAGUGUCCAAACACUCCAGAUCCAGCCAUGCCGGAUAGAUUAGGGUCUGUACUUAGCCUUUUAUUUUUUUGCCUUUGAAACGGUUUCCGAUGUAAAAACCUUUGUAUAAAUGGAACAUGCAUUUUUCUUGAUUUUCUUUAUUCUUGUUUGAAUGUCGGUUAUGACUUUUGCUCGAAUUAUCAGUCCGUUUUAAGGAUAAGCAGACUCGGAGUCAUUAUUCCGCCUUGUGCCUGAAUUUUGGCUUUUUCUAUUCGUCCGGUACGUUUUGUCCCGGAAUUUGAUCGAGUUUUUGCCCGUGGGACUUAUCUUAUGCUUUGUGAAUUCAGACGUCUCCGAAUCACGACGGGCAUUUUUAGGGCCGGUAUUUUUCGGCUAUUUUUUAGGGCCAGUGUUUUUCAGCUAUUUUUUAGGACCGGUAUUUUCGGACACCUGAAUCUCAGUCUUAGCUAAAUUUUGAUGUAACAGUCCCCGUUUGAGGGGUUAACGAUUUUGGCUCAGUUCACUAUGACCUUGUUGCCUUUGUCGAAUUUCGACCGUAGUGCCCGAAAUAGGGUAUAUGAAUGAAGCAAUGCCGAAAUACGGCGAUAAUCAUCGGGGUAGGGUAUUUUAACAAGAAGACAUCCGAGAUAUCGCUAUCCGAACUUUCGAUGAUUUUUGUGUUGCAAGUAUUUGUACAAGAUAUGAGAAUUUUGUUUCCUUUUGCUUUUGCCGUAGCAAAUACUAAAUGGAUACGAUUCAUUCUGAUCGUUUGGUCCUUACAUCGAAACCUAAUGCAAAAGGUCCGAUCUUGGUUUUUCCGUAGCAAAUACUGAGUGGACACGAUUCAUUCUGAUCGUUUGGUCCCCACAUCGAAACCUAAUAUAAAAGGUCCGAUUUUGGUUUGUUGAGCUCCUCCGAUUUUCGCUAACCGGGGUAAACUUCGAUGUGGGUAUAAUAGUUCCCUAGCGCUUAUCCGAGCUGCAAGAUCGGGUAAGCGCUAUUAAGUCCCCAUUCAUAGGGUGUGAUCCCGAGUUUCCGGGCGUUUGUCCUUGUCUUCAUCGAGUAACACGUUGUACUUGUUGCCUCAUUAAAAAUUGUCGGAAAACUCAUUUUAGGACAAAAUUGUACUAAGGAAAAGAGUGCAACACGUGUUUUCAGAUCUAGAUUCUAACUUUA